AUGUCUCACCAGAAAAAGCAGCCCACUCCCUGUCCUCCCGUGGGUUGUGGAAAGACCUCUGGUGGAGGUGGAGGAGGAGGCGGCGGCGGAGGCGGCGGCUAUUAUUGCGGUGGUGGUAGCGGUGGCGGCUCCAGCUGCGGAGGUGGCUCAUCUGGGGGAGGCUCUAGCUGCGGAGGCGGAGGCGGUGGUUCCUAUGGCGGUGGUUCCAGCUGCGGCGGUGGAGGCGGCUCCGGUGGGGGCGUCAAGUACUCUGGUGGCAGCAGUGGCUCUAGUUGCGGCGGCGGCUACUCCGGCGGCGGCGGCGGCUCCAGCUGCGGCGGUGGCUACUCUGGCGGCGGCUCCAGCUGCGGCGGUGGCUACUCCGGCGGCGGCUCCAGCUGCGGCGGCGGCGGCUACUCCGGGGGUGGCUCCAGCUGUGGAGGCGGUGGCGGCUCUGGUGGGGGCGUCAAAUACUCCGGUGACGGAGGCGGUGGCGGCGGCUCCAGCUGCGGCGCCGGCUACUCCGGCGGAGGCGGCGGCUCCAGCUGUGGAGGCGGAUCCGGAGGCGGCGGCUCCUACUGCGGAGGCUCCUCUGGAGGCGGCAGCUCCGGUGGCUGCGGCGGCGGUUCCGGAGGGGGCAAGUACUCCGGUGGCGGCGGUGGCUCCAGCUGCGGCGGCGGCUACUCCGGCGGCGGUGGAAGCGGCGGCGGCUCUAGCUGUGGCGGCGGCUACUCAGGCGGUGGUGGAUCCAGCUGCGGCGGCGGCGGCUACUCCGGUGGCGGCGGCAGCAGCUGCGGAGGUGGUUCCUCCGGUGGUGGCGGCGGCGGCGGCUCUUCGGGAUCGUCCCAACAGUAUCAGUGCCAGAGCUACGGAGGCGGUUCUAGCGGUGGCUCCAGCUGCGGCGGCGGCUACUCCGGGGGCGGCGGCUACUCCGGGGGCGGAGGCUCCAGCUGCGGUGGCGGCUACUCCGGGGGCGGAGGCUCCAGCUGCGGCGGCGGCUCCUCCGGGGGCGGCUCCAGUUGCGGUGGCAGCGGCGGCGGCUAUUCCGGCGGUGGCGGUGGCAGCUGCGGCGGCGGCUCUUCUGGCGGCGGCGGGGGCUAUUACUCCUCCCAGCAGACCAGUCAGACCUCCUGUGCCCCCCAGCAGAGCUAUGGAGGGGGCUCUUCCGGCGGAGGUGGUAGCUGCGGAGGUGGUUCCUCCGGCGGCGGCAGCGGCGGCGGCUGCUACUCCAGCGGUGGUGGCGGCGGCAGCGGUGGCUGCGGUGGAGGCUAUUCCGGAGGCGGCGGUGGCUGUGGCGGCGGCUCUUCCGGGGGCAGCAGCGGUGGCUGCGGAGGCGGCUAUUCUGGAGGCGGCGGCGGUGGCUCCAGCUGCGGUGGCGGCUCCUCCGGGGGCGGCUCUGGAGGUGGCAAGGGUGUGCCAGUCUGCCACCAGACCCAGCAGAAGCAGGCGCCUUCCUGGCCGUGCAAGUAAGGGUCACCAGGCUGCAACGGAGACAACAGAGCUGGAAGAGUUCUCCGUGGGCGCCUAUGGGCUUAACUUUCUCAUGAAUUUGCCUGAGGUUUCCAAACCUUUCACAUUUUAAGCACCCCCUCACCCCCCAGAAGAAGCCAUUGAGUCGCUCAAGGUGUAUCUUGUUCUGAUUUUUCCGUCUUGGUUUCUGAAUGACUACCUCCCAAUUCCACUGCCUCCUCAGUCAAUAAAU